AUGCAGGGCUUGUCCAAGUCGGGAGUCCAAGACCAGGAACACGCUUGGGCCAACUGCCACUCCCACUCCCACUUCACUGUCGCUGCCUCUCCCACCGUUCCCAUCACCACCACCUCCACCACUGUCUGUCUAGGUAUAAGGCAUAUCGCGAUAGCUACUCGCGCCUAG